UCUCUCCGCCGGCUCCUGUUCACUCUCCCACCUUGCCCCCUUUCCCCGUCCCUCCCUACCCCAGUUCCCCGGAUUUUGCGCACAACCCACAGGCUUUCUGGCUCCAUCGACUCGGCAUCAUGGCGCCUCCGAAGUACGCCGGCAUGUCCGGCCGGCCGCUGUCCUUGUUCCUGUCGGCUGUUGCUACCAUGGGGUUUUUGCUUUUCGGAUACGAUCAGGGAGUCAUGUCAGGUAUCAUCUCGGACGCCGCGUUCAACAACGUGUUCACGGCUACCAAGAAUGACAAUGUUAUGCAAGCUACCGUCACUGCCGUCUACGAAGUUGGCUGCCUUUUUGGUGCCAUCUUCGCCUUGAUCUACGGCGAAACGUUAGGUCGCCGGCUCAUGGUCAUCUCUGGCGCGUCGGUGAUGAUUAUCGGCGUGAUCAUCCAGGUGACAGCCAUGCCAGGCUCGCUGCCCCUGCUGCAAUUCAUCUUUGGUCGAGUCAUUACGGGCAUUGGAAAUGGCAUGAACACUUCGACCAUCCCUACCUACCAGGCUGAAUGUUCCAAGACAAGCAAUCGAGGCCUUUUGAUUUGCAUUGAGGGUGGUAUCAUCGCCAUUGGAACUGCCAUUGCCUAUUGGAUUGACUUCGGUGCACACUAUGGGCCCCCGGAUUUGGUCUGGCGGUUUCCGAUCGCAUUCCAGAUUUUCUUCGGUAUCUUGAUCAUUGUGGGUAUGACAUAUCUCCCGGAAUCUCCUCGAUACUUGAUCGCCCACGGCAAGGUUGAGGAAGGCACCCGAGUCCUUGCUGCGUUGGCAGAUGCGGAGAUCGAUCACCCUCAUGUACAAUUGGAGAAGAACUUGACUCUGGACUCGGUUAAAGCUUCUGGUUCCUCCCAAACCGGAUUCCGCGACCUGCUCACGGGCGGUCCGUCCCAACAUUUCCGCCGUAUGUUGGUGGGAUCCUCCUCCCAGUUCUUCCAACAAAUCUCCGGUUGCAAUGCUGUCAUCUACUACUUGCCCGUACUGCUGGAACAGUCUAUCGGUCAAUCGCACAACUUUGCGCUUCUGAUUGGUGGCGUGAAUAUGAUUUGCUACGCCAUCUUCGCUACUUUCUCAUGGUUCUUUAUUGAGAAGAUUGGCCGACGCAAGCUUUUCCUCGGAGGCAGCUAUGGCCAAUGCGCCGCGAUGAUUAUUGUAUUCGGGUGUCUGAUUCCAGGUGAUUCGGAGACCGCUAAGGGGGCUGUCUUUGGCUUCUUCCUCUACAUGUGCUUCUUUGGCGCCACCUGGCUGCCCCUUCCAUGGCUCUAUCCGGCUGAGAUCUCUCCUCUCAAGACGAGAUCAAAGGCGAACGCUGUGUCUACUUGCAGCAACUGGCUGUUCAACUUCACCGUGGUCAUGAUCACCCCGGUUAUGGUGGCCCGAAUUGGUUGGGGCACGUACCUCUUUUUCGCCGCCUGGAAUGGGAUCUUCAUCCCGGUCAUUUGGUUCUUCUAUCCGGAGACUGCGGGGCGCAGUUUGGAAGAGAUUGAUCUGAUCUUUGCGAAGGGCUAUUGUGAAAACAUAAGCUAUGUUCGCGCUUCGAAAGAACUACCCAAGCUUUCCGAUGAAGAAAUUGAGGCCAAGGCAGCCGAGUACGGAAUUCUCAACGAUGAAGAGAAGGCUGAAGAGAGGAUUGCCGAGAAGGAUCCUCCUGCAUCUGCCGAAUUCGCCCAGUUCCAGCCCACACAGCUGUGAAGGGCGCCACACAAAACGAGUUUUGGAUCUUUGAAGGUUACUAUUGUACGACGAUAUGUUUGCACAUGAGUUUUAUACCAUUUUGCUUUGCUUUUGCCGAGCCUGUUGCUGGACAACCAAGAUUGAACGAUUUGAUCUGGCUCUUGGUUUUAGCCGUGGCUCUUCCGACAUCCUUGCUAGUGAUCUGAGAUCAGGGAAAAGGGAACAUAUGUUGAUAGAUUUGCGCGUGGUUGUUGAGCAGCCUUUAGAUGUGUGAUGGUCAGCCGUGUGUAGAUCCUUCUAUGGCGGAUACAAUGGUCUCUAAUAGAUCUCACUUCAUGCCGGUUCUGGACUUCUAAAUUAAGUUAUAGAUAUAGAUACA